UCUGCGUCCAGGUUUCUCGGCAGGUUCUUGGCGGCUCCUCUGGUGCUGGCCGCGGUGCGGCCGAAGGCUGUCCGAGGUAGGCUCCUCUCGGCUCUCUCAUGGAGAAGGCGGCGCUCACUGCAGUCCCGGAUGCACGAACUUCCCGCGGGACGUCGCCGGAGACGGUGGCUGUGUGCGCGCAGGAGCGAGCUGCCUGCGUGGGGGUCUGAGCGGGCACACGGGUCGCGUCCCGGAGGGAGCCGCGUCGCUCGCCCGCCCGCGACGGCCCUAAGGGUGGAACUACUCUGCCGUGGUUAAAUACUUUAAAUGGGAAUAAAGGAUAGCAUUUCCAAGAAAAUGAGAAUGAAUAAAUCAUCUCUGUUUUUUAAAAGAAAGACCAUAUUAAACUUACAUGUUUGAGGCCUGCAUCAUCCUGUCUCCAGUACAAGCAGUUUCUCUGGUGAUCAAUGUCACUCACAGGAACUUAAGUAACUAACGAAAUGAGCCUGGGGCGUGGAAAAUAUGACUUUUAUAUUGGUCUGGGAUUGGCUAUGACCUCCAGCAUUUUCAUUGGAGGGAGUUUCAUUUUGAAAAAAAAAGGCCUUCUGCGACUUGCCAGAAAAGGCUCCAUGAGAGCAGGUCAAGGAGGACAUGCAUAUCUUAAAGAAUGGUUGUGGUGGGCUGGACUGCUGUCAAUGGGAGCUGGUGAAGUGGCCAAUUUUGCUGCAUAUGCAUUUGCUCCGGCCACACUAGUAACUCCACUAGGUGCGCUCAGCGUCCUCGUAAGUGCCAUUCUGUCUUCAUACUUCCUAAAUGAAAGACUUAAUCUUCAUGGGAAAAUUGGGUGUUUGCUAAGUAUUCUAGGGUCUACAGUUAUGGUCAUUCAUGCUCCAAAGGAAGAAGAGAUUGAGACCUUAAAUGAAAUGUCUCAUAAGUUAGGUGAUCCAGGUUUUGUGGUCUUUGCAACAUUUGUGGUCAUUGUGGCCUUGAUAUUCAUCUUUGUGGUGGGACCUCGACAUGGACAGACAAACAUUCUUGUGUAUAUAACAAUCUGCUCUGUGAUUGGAGCAUUUUCAGUCUCCUGUGUGAAGGGUUUGGGUAUCGCCAUAAAAGAGUUGUUGGCUGGAAAGCCUGUUCUGCGGCAUCCUCUUGCCUGGAUUCUGCUGCUUAGCCUUGUGGUCUGUGUGAGCACACAAAUUAAUUACCUAAACCGGGCUCUGGACAUUUUCAACACUUCCAUUGUGACUCCAAUAUAUUAUGUGUUCUUUACAACUUCAGUUUUGACUUGUUCAGCUAUUCUUUUUAAAGAAUGGCAAGAUAUGCCUGUUGAUGAUGUCAUUGGGACUUUGAGUGGCUUCUUCACAAUCAUUGUGGGGAUAUUUUUGUUGCAUGCCUUUAAAGAUGUCAGUUUUAGUCUAGCAAGUCUGCCGGUAUCUUUUCGAAAAGAUGAAAAGGCAAUGAAUGGCAAUCUUUCUAAUAUGUAUGAAGUUCUUAAUAAUAAUGAAGAAGACUUACCCUGUGGAAUCGAACACACUGGUGAAAAUAUCUCCCGUAGAAAUGGAAAUCUGACAUCUUUUUAAGGAUAUGUUUGAAAAGUUAAACCUAUAAUUCUGUUAUAAAGUGAUUUUUGAGUAUCAGAAUGUAUCUGAAAAAAAUUAUCCUUAAAUAAUGUCCUCUAAAGACAAUCUUUUUUUAAGUUUUCACUAAUUUGGAUCAAGAAAUUACUUUUCUUAUAUUUAAACAAUGGUAGCUCACUAAUAUGACCUCAGUACAUGGCUAAUUUCUAAUAACAUUGUAUUAUUGUAAAGAUAUUUUACAUUUUUAUUCAUUCUCCAGAAAUUUAAAUGCACUAAUGACAAGUUUUAAGCAUAUAGAAAUGUUUUAUUUUUUCCAUUGGUGAUGAACAUUAAAAUGUACAUUUGUGAUCCCCACUUCAUCAGUACCUCAUCAUACUAAGGCUUUUUGAUUAUGAAGAUAUAUGUGUGUGAUUCCAAGAAAAUAAUUCUCAGGUGGUGAUUGGUCACCCAAACAUCUGGUUUCCCACACACAUCUGCUGGCCUCCUUUUGGAAAAACCCACUGUGCUAUCAGUCAGUACUUGCUGUUUCCAUAGUGAAUGGAUCUCUGUCAUCUUUUGUGAGCUCUUGGACCUUUCAGUGUGUGUUCAGAAUGGAUUAGAUUGUCAUUCAGCCCUUAACAACUCUGGGAUGUCAACAGAAAUUCUUGUGGCUUCUUAAAUUUAGAAACUCAUUCUUGCAUAAAAUGACAAAUUGGAACAAAGUCUUUAUUCUGAUUCUAAAUGCUUAGAUUUAAAAUGUUUGUAAAAUAGGUCUCUUUGAACCAAGUGAUUUAUUUUGCUUCAGAGUUUGUAUUUUGGUUGUUUUUUUAGAAACUGUGAAAAAAUGUUUAUAGAAAAAUGGAAAAAGGUUAGGCCAAUGUAAAGAACAUUUUCCAACUUCAGACCUGCCCAUUUCAAAGUCAUGUAUUAGCUUAAAAAAAUCACCCCCCUCCAUCCUACCCCUCUCUGACAGGAAGAACUAAGCUUUGGGCAUAUGCCUGCUACCUGUUCCUGCCCAUGGUUGUAGAGUGGCUUAGUACUGGUUUUGUGUUCUAUUAAUUGGCACUGUUAAGGACUCUUGCCUUUUUUUCCUCUGACUGCCUCCCUUUUUGGGCCAUACUCUGUAUCACUCACAGGACCUUGUAUAUUCUACAUAAGUGUUCUAAAAUUGAGUCUUCUUAUAUAACUUAAAUGCCGAGAGACUAGGUUUCCCCCUCACAGAUAUGAUUUAUGUCUGUUUUAUGUACUGUAUCUGUCUUAUUUUGCACAUAAAAAAAAGCCAAUGUUCAUUCCCUUGGGGGUGAAAAGUUUCCUCAUUGAGAAUGUGUGUGUUGUAAGUACACUUUAUACGUACGUAAUCUUGUACGGAAGCAUUUUAUUUGGCCUAUCACUUGGUAAUAUAAUUGUUAACUUUUAAAAUCUACACUUCAUAGGGUCAGUACAGAUGCCAGUAUGACUAUUCAUAUCAACAAAAAUAUUUUAGGUAACUUUUUGAUAAAUAGGCUUGUUUAAAAUGUAACUCAGGUUUACAGUACAGCUGAAUAGUACCUGUGUUUUAUUUUCUGUGUAAAAUAAAGCUCAAAGCUUUUGGACUUUGGUGUUUUCCA